AUAGGGUGCAAGAGUUAUAAUCAAGAUGGCAUUCACUCAGCCAUCAAAGCGAGGUGAAUGGGUGGAAGAAAAGAUUCUUGGGUCUGGAGGCUUUGGUCAAGUUGUUCUCUGGAAAAAUGAGGAUUCAGGAGAAUAUGUUGCCAUAAAAAAGUGUCGUGUUCAAAGUGAAAUGACGCAGAAGCAUCGAGAACGAUGGACCUUAGAGGUGGACAUUAUGAAACGUUUAGAUCACCCCAAUGUUAUAGCUGCCAAAGAGGUACCCCCAGUACUGAAUGUUGGUACCGGAGAGCUCCCGUUAUUGGCCAUGGAGUAUUGUCCUGGAGGGGAUUUACGCAAGGUGCUGAAUAAACCAGAGUACUGUGUUGGACUAAAGGAGUUUGACAUUCGGUGUCUUGUGAGGGAUAUUGCUUCAGCCAUUGAAUAUCUACAUGGUAAAAGAAUCAUUCAUAGGGACUUAAAACCAGAAAACAUUGUGCUGCAGACACAAGAGGAACAGACUGUAUACAAACUGAUAGACUUGGGUUAUGCUAAGGAGCUAGAUCAAGGAAGUGUUUGUACCUCCUUUGUUGGAACUCUCCAGUACUUGGCCCCUGAACUGUUUGCCAGUCAGAAAUACACAUGCACGGUAGACUACUGGUCCUUUGGGACUGUGGUGUUUGAAUGUAUUACAGGAUUCCGUCCCUUUCUCCCUCAAGUUCCACCAGUUACAUGGCAUAGGGAAGUUUGCAAAAAAUCUCCCGAAGACAUAACAGCAUUUUAUAAUUCUGAAGGAGUGGUAAAAUUCUCCAAGAAAAUUGUAACACCAACACAUUUAUGCAGAAGCAUGCAGGCCUAUUUUGAGCAGUGGUUACGACUGAUGCUGAGGUGGGACCCUAAAGCCAGAGGUGGAGGGCUCAUUGAGGGGAGACCGCAGUGCUUCAAAAUCCUGGACACCAUGCUCAGCAUCAAGAUAGUGCACAUUUUAUAUGUGGCCAACAAUCAACUAUUAUCCUACCCAUUGCUGGACAACUAUUCUAUGCUUGAACUUCAAGAAAAUAUUGAAAAAGAAACAGGGGUGAAAGUUCAGGAUCAAGACAUUCUAUUGGCUAGUGGGGCAUCACCUGACCCUAACCUUGGAGCACAUCAGUGCUGGACAGCUCCGGGAGAGGAGGAUUGGGUAGUGUUCAUGUUCAUCAAGGGAGAGAAUCAAGGUGGUGGAGAUAAAAAGAACAAGCCAUUGCCACCUAAUGUUCAGAGCAUUGUGAAAGACUCCAAAACAGCCCUGCCAUAUAAUGAACAAAAGCGAGCCUGGGCAGAGUCUGUUUAUUUCUGUGGUCAACAAGUGGUGGAUUUCAGGAGACUCAUUCAGAGUCAAAGGGCAGCUAUGUUAAGUUUACUUAGAACUAACUCUAGUUUUCUGAAGAUGAAGAACAAUAUGGUGGGUAGUUGUGAUCACCUGUUGUCAAAGAUGCAGUAUUUCAAAGAAUGUUUACAACAUGACCUUGACAUGUAUGAAAUCCAGAAGUCAGAUGGAGUACAAAAUACUGAAAAGGUAGUGGCCAAAUGGAAGAGAAUUGGAGAAGAAGUGGAUGUCCAUAGAAACCUGAGAGAGAAAGUGACCAAGCUAGACCAACAAUCCACUGCCUUACAGACCAAGAUUGUGGAAUUACAAAAGAGUCCAUUCGCUCGAGGCAAACUGAAUGAAGUUUUAGAAGAUAUAGAGAAGAAAGCUGUAACUCUAUAUCAUGACAUGAGACAAGCCGGCAAAGGUGGACGGGAUAUCUAUAAAGACCACAGCCCAAUGGUUCAGAUUGUCGUAAAGUGUCUCAUCCAUAGGGAUAAAAGUUUACAGGAUUUAUACACACAUUUAGGGAAAAUCUGUGCCUGUAAACAUGAACUGUUCCAGUUAUUACCCAGCAUUCAGCAGUGCUGUAAACAGAUCACAGAUGCCACAAACAAACUGUUACAGUCACAGAAACAGAGACAAUCUGAUAUCUGGAGUCUGAUCAAAAUGGCUGCACAAAAUGGCAUGACAAGGCAGGAUUCCAAGGGAAGUAACUCUGCAAACUCCUGGGGUGCCUCUUCAUUAGAGUCCAUGAAAGUCUGCGAUGACAACAGGGAGACUGUCAAAAAAUUUGAUGACAUUAUAAAGACAGUGAUGGAGGAACAUGAAGAACACAUGUCUUCAAUGGAUUGGAGUUUUCUACCUCCUUUACAAAAGAACACUUCCUGAUUCUGACUUACAUUCAUAUUCUGCUCAACUACCAAGCGAGGAAACAUUCCAGAAGUCUCAAAUUUAUGGGAAAGUGCAAUAUU